GAAAUGGGUCGUCCAGGAUUUAUGUCUCGUGGUGGUGGAGGUGGUCGCGGAGGUGGAGGAGGUUUUCGUCCUAGAGGUGAUGGUGGUGGUGGAGGUUUUCGUGGUCGUGGUGGAGGAAGAGGGGGAGGUAGUGGAGGCUUCCGUGGUGGUAGCGGUGGAAGAGGAGGGGGACAAAUGAAUGGAUUUGGUAGCGGUGAUAGGCGAUCAAGUGGAGGUGGUGGAAGCUUUCGUGGAAGUCCUCGUGGUUCUCCACGCGGAAGAGGAGGAGGAGGCCGCGGAGGAAGAGGGGGUAGUGGAAUGAAAGGAGGAAAAAAAGUAAUUAUUGAACCUCACCGUUUAAAAGGAGUUUUCAUUGUAAAAGGCAAAGAAGAUGCUUUAGUAACAAAAAAUAUGGUGCCUGGUGAGUCAGUUUAUGGAGAAAAACGAGUCUCUAUUCAAAACGAACACUCAAAUGAUACUGAUGAACAAAAAACAACAACAGAAUAUCGCGUUUGGAAUCCUUUCCGUUCUAAAUUAGCGGCUGCUAUAAUGGCAGGAGUUGAAGAUGCACACAUCUUUCCUGGUGCUCGAGUUCUUUAUUUGGGCGCUGCUUCUGGUACUUCUGUUUCGCACGUUUCUGAUAUUGUUGGACCGGAAGGAAUUGUUUAUGCCGUGGAAUUCUCACAUAGAAGUGGUCGUGAUCUUUUGGGAAUGGCCAAAAAACGACCAAAUGUUGUUCCAAUCGUGGAUGAUGCUCGACAUCCACACAAAUAUGCAAUGAUGGUAGGGAUUGUUGAUACAAUCUUUUCUGAUGUUGCACAACCUGAUCAAGCAAGAAUUGUGGCUCAUAAUGCACACAAAUUUUUGAAAAACAAUGGACAUGUUGUGAUCUCAAUAAAAGCAAAUUGUGUUGACAGCACAGCUGAGCCAGAGGCAGUUUUUGCUGGGGAAGUGAACAAAUUACGCGAAGAACAGUUUAAACCGAUUGAACAGGUGACACUUGAAACUUAUGAACGUGAUCACGCUGUGGUUGUUGCUGAAUAUAGAGCAUCAAAGAAAGUGAAAAAGGAAAAGAAGGAAACUAAAACGGAGGAAAUGGAAAGCUGA